AUGAGGUGGUUCUUGGGCAGCAGCUGGAGGAAAUUUGGACACGCUGACAGGGGAAACUAUGACUGGCUAAACAGUGAACCAAGUGGGCCGCUUCUGGAAACAGAGCUUCAGAGCAGACAACAGACAAGUUCAACCAAAGACGACAUAGAACCAUUUCUGUGCAUCAUAUUGCCUGCCACCAUGAUGCUCUUCCUGGCAUCCCUGCUGCUCUUCCUGUCCCGCCGUUGCCAGCGCCCUGCUCCGCAGGGGCAGAUCUUCAGCAUCGACCUCCCCGAGACCCUGACCGAGCACGACGCGUCCAAUUUCCUUUCCGUGCUGCCCUGGAACAGUGAACAGAGUUUCCACUACUCCACUCUCCUCCCAGAUGCCACAUUCCUCACUGUGUGUUUGCCCCCGUCCUAUGAGGAGGCCACCAUGAAGACUUCCAUGGAUGAGGCUCACAUUGAGCUCUCCUCAGACCCAGUGCCUCCUUAUGAAGAGAGCAUGCUGCAGUCCAACAGCACCAAAUAA